CCCUGAGCAGGAGGCCCGCCUGAGCGGCUGAAUGCCGAUGCGGUCAGGCACGGAGCGGAGAUGAGCUUGCCUCAUCUUGCCAGAGCGGCAGAGCGGCGCAGCCUCUCAUCCCACCACCACCACCUCACCAUGGCCACCUCCACCGACACGCCUCCCGGCGCCGCCGGCGCGCCGCCAAAGACGACGGGCCUCUCGCGCGUGCCGGCGGUGCGGGCGCUCGUCGACCGGCUGCUGCACCGCGCACGCCUCGACAUCGCCGAGCUGCACGUCCACUCGCUCAGCGACACGGGCUUCCAGGCGCGCGCCAAGCUGCGCCUGUCGAACAUCGGCACUGGGCCGCUCCCGCUCGUUAAGGUCAAGGUGUGCUUGCCGGCGCAGAGCACGGAGCUGCACUGGAUCGAGCAUGCCUCGGCCGCGAGCAGCAGCAAGAGCGGCAAGAGGGCCAGCUCGAGCAGCACUCCGUCUCUGCUGCCAGAGACCGGCAGCUGCCUCGUCGCGCACGCCGAGAUCCCUCCCUUUCGCCUGCGGCCCAGUGCCGUGCCGGGUGCGGCUAGUGCAGAGAUCGAGCUUACAAUCCGCACGCCGGCUGGCGGUAGCGAGGCGCUCUCGCGCUUCGUCCGCACGCUCCUUGCCGCACCAGCAGAGGGCGAGCCGCAGCAGCUCGUGCUGCGUGCUCGCGGCGCCGAGAUCAAGGCCUACGGCAUGAAAUUCUCCGGGCUCAGCCUGGAGAAGAUCGUGCCGCUUGGGGGCCUGGCCGGACUCGGUGGCGUGCUGCAGCUUCCAGGCGCCUCUGGAGCGUCAGCAGGCUCCUUGGGCCUCCCAUCGAUGCCGGUCCGCACACGCGCAUCGGAUCUCAGCGCCUCGGAGAAGCACAGCAAGCGCCGCUCCUGGCUGUCGCGGGCCAGCUCAUCACGAGCAAGCUCGUCUGCGGUCGGGACAUCUUCACAGACCACAGCGCCUGUCUCAACACCCGGAGCGCCCCUCGAGAUCGGCGAGUUCCAGAUCGUGGCUGGCCAUGCGCGUGAGGGCAUCGAGCUCAGCGCCUCCGUCUCUCUCGUCAACCCGUCGCAGAGCCCGGCGUUGACCUUCGAGCCUGGCGAGCUUCGCUUCUCUCUGUGCUCACCCUCUGCGAAAGGCAGCAUGGUCAGCCUCGGCUCGCUUACACUCGCAUCAACGCCGCUACGGCCCGGCACAAACAAGGUCACUGCGAAAGGCUUUGUCAUUCUCCCAGCGGAGCCGCCUGCAGGCUCUGCUUCGGAUUCGCCAGCAUCCUUGGCCUAUGCGGCAGGCGCAAACCUGCUCUCCUCGCUGCUGCAGGACGAGCCGAUCGAAAUCUGUGCCGUUGCACAGGAGAGCAAUGGCGGCGCCUCGCCUGUUGCCUGGCUCGCCGCGGCGCUGAAAGGCGCGCAAAUCGACGCACGGGUGCCAGCUUUGGGCGACCGCUCGCGCUUGCUCGACGGCGCAGAGCUGCGUGUGGAGGGUGCAGCGAUGGCAGCUCGGCCAACCCCUGCCUCUCCAAGGCUCGAGCGAGGUGUGUCUACAGCUUCGCGCAACAGUAACGGGGCUGCCGGCGGCUCCAGCGUGGCGCGCGCCACGCUUCACAACAGCUUUGGUGCAGACAUCCACGUCGAGUCUCUCUCGGUCCAAGCGCUAGCGACCGAGCUGCCCGGCGAAGGCGGCAGCGAGCUCGAGCUCGCGAUGAUCCAGACGCCGACUUCGUGGGAUGGGCUGCGGCUCCCGGCUGGAGGCGAGGGUGUCGCGACCAGCUUGCCCAUCGAGAUCAACCGCGAUCCCAACGUGCUCAUCGCCAUCAUGCGGCGGACGGCGCAGACGCGGGGCGUUGACAUCGGCGAGUCGCUCGAGGAGCUCUUCGAUGAGCUGUGCGCUGGCGGCGGCACGGCUGGCAAGACACCGCACGGCUCCAAACGCAACAGCGUCGCAUCCUCGCGCGCCAAGGGUCCUCGUGCAAGCGGCGACGCAGACCCUUCGCGAGACCUGGCGUCGCUGCUCUCCCGGGCUCUCGCGGACUUGCGCGUGACUGCGCAUGUGAACGCCACUGCCAGACUAGGCGACUACCGCAUCCCUGGUACUCUGCGCUUCACUCAGCGGCGGCUUCCGAUUGCGCUCAGCACGGCCAGCUCGGCUGCACUGCUUCCGUCGGUGGGUGCACCCUUCGUCGGUGCGCUGGCCGAGCGGGCUGAGGUGCAGCUCGUCGCCGUUGUGGUGCACGGCAUGGAUGAGGACGGCAUCGUGGCGAGCGCAGGCCUGCGUCUUGUCAACUUCGGCCCGCUCGCAGCCUCCAUCCGCUUCGACGAGCCAGCAGACCUCUUCCGCGACGGCAAGAAGGUGGCUCGCCUCUUUAUCUCCGGCAGCGUUGCAGUCGAGCCCGGCAUGCUCGAAGCUGUGCGCACAGAUGUCCGUCUCGCUCCGCCCACCGGCGCGGGUGCGACAGAGGCUUUCGGCGCCGUCGCGGCAGCCCUGCUCCAGGAGCACACCGCGGCGUUCGAGUUGCAAGCCCAGCACGUCGUCAUCACCGCCGGUGGCGUGGAGUUCUUGACGCCGUUGAACAAGACGAUCAAGCUCGCCGGCCUCGGAGGCUUCCCUGACCUUAGCGUAACGCACUUCAGCGUACUGGGCGAGGCUCGCCCACCGGCAGCAGGCGGCAGUCUGCUGCAGGCCGCACUGCAGAGCACAGCAGGCACGAACAACGGCGCAUUUCAGAUCUGCGCCGGCGUCACGUUGGUCAAUCCGAGCGACAUGACGAUCAAGCUGGCGCGUCUCGAGCUGGCGCUGUCCUACGACGGUGCGCAAGUCGGCCAGCUGGCUCUGGAGGAUGUGGUCAUCGAGCCAUAUGGAGAGACGCCGCUCGAGGCGCGUGGCCUCGUCUAUCUCCAGGAGGACGCAGAUCGCGAAAUUGUCCUGCCCAAGCUGGGCGAGAUGAUCAGCUCUCUCGUCGCCGGAAGGGAAGUGAAGCUCGGUCUGCGGGGCGCUCGAGCUUGGGCACAGCCGCCGCCUGCGGCUGUCGGCGGCGCGGCAGGCAAGCGUCGCGCCACAAGCGAGCCGCAGCGUCUGUCGUGGCUGGACUGUGCGCUCGCCUCCUUCUCUCUGUCGGCGACACUGCAGCAGGAGCCGCUGCGCCUCGUCGACGGCGUCGACGUCGGCAAGCUCGACGCCUCGUUCCCCGCCAACGGCCCGCCCGUCAUCACCGCGACCGACAUUCUGAUCGACUACAGCUUGCCCUACCCCAUCGAGCUGCGACCCGUGACCACCUCUGCGGACGUCGAGGUCAUCUUCGACGACGUCGUCGUCGGCCGGGCCAAGACGCGCGAAGGCGUGAUCAGCGACGAGCACGCGCGCUCCGACGACGGCGGCGCCAAGGGCACCUUUACGCUGGGCCUCGAGCGCUUCGAGCUGCACACGCACGACGAGGCGAUGAUGGCCGAUCUGGUCUCGCACGUCUUCGACGCCGGCGACAGCGGCACGACUCGCAUCAGCCUGCGUGGCACAGCGCAUGUGCGAGUUGCAACGACCCUCGGCGAGCUGCCGGUCACAGUCGACCUGGGCCGAGCACAUCGCAUCCGCGUGGCCGGCCUCAACAGCCUGCGCGAGAGUCCGCUGCAGUACAGCAACUUCCAGGUCGUCGACGCGAACCCCGAGUAUCUGCGCGUGACGUUCUCGCUCUUCCUCAACAACCCCUCGACGUCGAUGCACAUCCGUCUGCCGGACACGGGCCUGUCGAUGGGCGUGUACCUGCGCGACACCUUCGUCGGACGCGCGCUCAUCGCCAGUGGCUCCUUCGACAUGCCUGGCGGGCCCGUGGCCAUCCACGGCGUCGAGUUCCGCUACUCGCCGGCGCGCGAGGACCGGGUGCGCGACCUGCCGUCGAACCUGCUGAGCGGCCGCAACACGGUGCUGCAGGUGCGCGGCGACGACGAGUCGACGGAGCUGCCGGUGCUGCGCGAUGCCCUUUCGCGCAUCCGCAUGGAGUUCACGCUCAAGCCCAUGCUGCACGAGCUGCUCGAGAGCAUCUCGGUGCAGCUGGGCCCCAGCGUGCUCACGCACUCGACUGUCGAGGCGACGUACGUGGUGCGCAACCCGCUCGCCGUGCCCAUCGACCUGUGCAGCCUGUCGUUUGCCGCCACGUUCCGCGGUGCGCCGUUCGGCAGUGCGCAGUGCACCUUUGUGCGCGAUGCGCCGCUGCGCAUCGCACCCGGCACGCCCACGGCGCCCGGCACGCAGAGCGGCAAGAUCGACGUGCGCCUGGCGCAGUCGCUCGACAAGCUCGUCAAGACGUUCCUUGCCGAGCGCGGCCAGCUGACGCUCGAGCUCGACGUGCAGGCCAAGGUCGAGCUGCAGGGCUUCAGCAUUCCCGUGUUUGACUAUGCGCAGAGCCUGCCGCUGCACAUCGAGGGCCUCGGCGGCGUGUCCAAGCUCCUCUCCAUCUUCUGAUACCCCCCGCAAUAAUAUUUUGCCAUCCA